AUGUCGAAUAAGAAGCCGCAAGCACCAGAGGUUGACAUGAGCCAAAUGGCGCUGGCCAAGAGUUCGGGCGAUCGCAUCAACACUAGUGUUGUUGUUCACCCCAUUGUGCUCCUUUCUAUUGUUGACCACUACAAUAGAGCGGCUAAGGGAACAGCUCGGCGUGUUGUUGGUACACUGUUGGGCCAAAUGCUGGAUGGCAAACUACAUGUUACCAACAGUUUUGCAUUGCCCUUUGAGGAGGACCUCAGAGACCCUCAAGUGUGGUUCGUUGAUCAUAACUACCAUGAGAAGAUGUAUGCUAUGUUCAAGAAAGUCUCCCAGAAGGAGGUGGUAGUAGGAUGGUAUUCCAGCGGCCCAAGGAUCAAACCCAGCGAUCUUGCGAUAAAUGAGAUCUUCCGACG